CCACUGCCGUCUUUGACUCCAUAGAAAAUAUGGUUCACAAGGAUAGCUGUCGAUAAAAAGAGACUUUGCCACAGGAACUUGAAUUUGAUUUCCUCUUUUCGUGAGUAGUAGAUCUUAGCCUAUGGUUUACUCUGAUCCAACUCUUACAAUUCUCUGUGUAAAGUCAGUUAAGUGUAUAGAAUUAUUUUUCAUUUAAACAGCUCUGAAAUGAUAAUUGAUUUUCAAAAAAAGCUUUUAGAUGAGUUCUCCUUAGCUGCUUAGCGCACUUAGACAUAGUAUGUGUUGUUGAAUGUGACUUCCAGGGCUGAAACUGAUUUUAAAAAAAUGUUACCCUGAUCUUACAGUGUUACUACGUAUUAGUCUUUGAUGCUCUAUUGGGUUUUGUUUUACAGUGUGGUUUACACAAAACCAUAUGCAGUGUAUUAACUGAACUGCUUGUAAGUGCUAAGAUUUGUCUUCAGAUUGCUCAUUUCAUCUUUCCCAGUGUACGUAAUGGGGAUCAGAGAGGGACAGAUAGAAUUUCCAUAGUGGCAACGGAAAUUGAUCAUAGCACCCUAGUUACUUUGUUAAUCUUGAGGGGUUUUUUUCUUUCUAGUUUUGAAUUCUUUCAGUUUUCAGUAUGGGUAUCACGUGAAAAAAGAGGUGGUCUGUGGCUUAUCUGUGCCUUCAGAGUUAACUACUUGGCAUAUUGAAGGUUGGAAUUUUUUCUUUUGAGCGGUUCUUUGACCUUAUUGAGCGUGGAGAGUGUGGGGGAGGAACCCUUCAAACCCUGGUAACUCAGUGGAAUCACUUAAAGUGGUGCUAAUAAAUAAGGCAAUCUACACGUUCCUGAAUUUGAAGAAUUCCUUACGUCGAAAUGGAUAUAGUUACAACUGAAGGCCAGAGACGUGCUGUAGCAGAUACAGACUUCAUGUCAUGUUGGCCUCCUGUUUAAAAGAAGGAAGGCUGGCAGUUUUAAAGGGACACCGAGAAAGUGAUGACCAAGUGCCAAGUACCAGCUGUCCUUAUUCACCAGAUUGAAGAAGAAUUGGAUAAAGAAGAAGAUGAGAUGAUGAUUUUCCUGUGCCGAGACCUUGCCCCUGACUUGGCUACUGCUGGACUUAGAGAGCUUUUGGUGGCUUUGAAUGACAGGGAUAAACUAUCUCUUCUUGGUUUGUCUGAGCUGUUGUACAGAGUUAAGAGGUUUGAUUUGCUGAGGAGAAUCUUGAAGACUGAGAAGACAACAGUGGAAGCUAACCUUAGCAGGAAUCCCAGACUUGUCCCUGAUUACAGGGUACUAAUGGUGGAGAUUAAUGAGAAUCUGGAAAAAGAAGAAGUGAGUUCUCUUGUUUUUCUACUCAGAGAUUUUGCUCCUCGAAUGAAAAUGGCAAAAGAUAAGAGUUUUCUACGUCUGGUUAUUGAACUGGAGAAACUGAAUUUGGUGGCUCCAAAUCAGCUGGAUUUGAUAGAAAACUGUUUCCGAAAUAUUCACAGGAUAGACCUGAUUAAGAAGAUUGAGAAGUAUAAGCAAGAAGCUUUCAUGUCCUCCAUUCAUUCUCAGCCUGUGUAUGUAAAUGCCCUUCAGGCAUCUCUCCCUAAUCUCAGUCUGAUUGAUCCUCCUUACAAUUCAGGGUUUCAGAAUGUGAACAAAGAAAAAUCACAAAAUGGAGAAAUCUUCUUUCAAGAAGAGCCAGUCCACAUGUCUAUUCAAGAAUCAGGACCAGCAUCACAUAAGUUUCCUCAUGUGUACAGAAUGCAAAGUCACCCUUUGGGAGUAUGCCUGAUUAUAGACUGUAUUGGUAAUGACACGGACAUGUUGGAAGAGACUUUCAGAGGCUUGGACUAUGAUGUUCAUUGUCACAAGCACUUAAAUAUGACUACCAUGAGUGAAACAUUGCUUGAAGUUGCAAGGUUACAGAAGCACAGGAGUUGUGACAGCUUCAUAUGCAUAUUGGUCAGCCGUGGAAAUGCUCAGAGCAUCUUCUGUACAGACCGCAUCUCUACUGGAUUCCCUUUGGAGCAAAUAAAGAAAUACUUUAUGGCAGAUUCAUGUCCUGAACUCCGAGGAAAACCAAAGCUUUUCUUUAUUCAGAGCUACAUUGUGCCAGAAGAUGAGCAAGAAUUUACUAGUCUGGAAAUAGAUGGAAAUGAUAAGAAAAUUAUCUCUAAUGCAAAAAUGCCCUUGAAAGACACUAUUCCCCAGGUAGCAGAUGUCUUUUGGAGUCAGUGCAAGGUGGAUGUGUCUACACUAGAAAAAUCUCCAGUCCCAUCCUCGUAUUAUCUGCGUUGUCUGGCUGAGCUGCUCCGCAAUCCUCAUAAAAGGAAGCUCUCUAUAUUAGAUAUCCAUACGGAACUGAACAAAAGAGUCUAUGAUUGGAAUCAGACCACUGACCCAAGCCAGCAAUACUCACUUCUGCUCCAGCACACACUGAGGAAAAAACUUUUUCUUUCUCCCAGUUAACUGCUAUUGGAAAGGACAUGUCUGAAGAGCUGAGGAGUGCUUCCUCUGACUCGGUUUCAACCAUGCUUUUACUUAGACUUUAUUACUGCACAUGUGCCUAUUGCUUCCAAACACAGGUAUUUAGAAGCAUUUUAGGUUGUUUAGGCACUAUAGAUUUUAAUAUGAAAGACUGAAAGCCUGGAUGGUAACAGCAGCUGUUGUAUAGAACGGCAACACAUCUUACAAGCAAGUGCAACAGGUAAACAGUGGGGAAAGAAUUCUAAACUGUAUGGUUGUUGGAUUUUCCAGGGUUCUGUGUUGUUGUUUUUUUUUUU